AUGAUUCAAUUGAAUUCAAAUAAAUAGGAUUUUGAUAUGUAUCAAUCCCCAAUAAUUUAUAAUAAAUAAAAGAAUGUGAUAAUUAUAAGACACAAAUUUAAUAUUUAUAUAAUUCGAGAAUUAAAUGAUGGUAAAUUCAAAAUAGUUAAAUAAUUGAAAUUUAAUACCAACAAAGUUUAUGGAACAAUAACAAAUGACGGAUCAUAUUUAGUUAGUUUGAAUGACUAGGAUAAGUUAUAUUCGAUAGAUGAAUUGAUAUACAAAUGA